AUGUACCGCUGGGAUGGUUCCUUCGACUUCAAGCGGAGGGAAGAUUGGGAUUACAAGCAUUCCUUCAAUUUCAUGGCGGGAUGGCUUGGACAAGACGAAACCAAAGAAGCGCAGAGACGGAAAAAAAAGAUGGGAACGGUUGAUGAACAAGCGCCUCCGCUUCCAAAGGACGACAGCUUGGUCGAAACGAUCGAAAAGACGGCGAAACAUGUGCACAAGUCGAACGAUCCAACGGUUUUCGAGCACUUGGUGCAGGAGAAGAACAAGGGCAGAUCCAGAUGGGACUUCCUUCGAGAAGGUGGUGAAGGUCGUGACUACUACCUUUUCUGCCGGCACUGUUGUGAACGCGAGGUUGAUCCCAGACCGAUGGCAUUACAUGCCCGAAAAGUGAAAGAAGACCGGGAAUUGAAGCAGGCAAAUGCGAAAGCCAACGUUUUCACUGGGUAUCAAGGUUUACAGUACCAUCUCCGACCAUAUCCAGAGGUUCACAGAUGUUCACAGCACUUUCCAGUCAUCUUAAUCAUCUUCACUUUGAAUUUCUUCAUCAUCCCAUGGUCAUUUCAUCCCAUUUUUCCCAUGGUGGAGCCCCCAUCCCCCGGUGGUGCCACCGGUGCCGGUCACCGCGGCGCCUACUUCGCCGCGCUGCUGGCGUCGAGCGACGCCCUGCGGCUGACCUCGGGCACCGAGGGCCUGGGCCUGGCGCUGCGCCGCGCCGCGUCGACGGCGGAGGAGAUCUACCGGGGCCGGGCGCUGGCGGUGCAUCGCCAUGACGCCAGGUGUGAGGAGGUGGAGGCCAUCUGCAAGGCACGUCCAUGUUUUCUUCCACCCUCUUGCUACUGCGCUGCUCUGAGCUCGUUGCUGCAAAGCACGGCCGAAAGUGACCUCCUGCACAGCCUGCUGUCGCUGUCCAAACCUGAUCGCAUUGCCCGGCGGGCGCCGGGAAUCAGCAGUGGCGACACUGGUCCAUGUGACAUCACUGCGCGAGAGAUACUGCGACAGUCAGAUCUGGCAGAAGACCUACUUCCACUCUACAGCGACCUGGCGCGAAUCUGGAAAUACAACGCCUUUGAUACUGGAGAUGGACGAAUGGCCAUCUUUCUUCUGCCCUCCUUGUGCAAUCAUAGCUGUUUGCCCGCUGCGGAGUACACCUUGUGCGAUGAUGAUGGCACUGUAGAAAUGCUUCUCUUUUCCUUGCGCGACUUGGAAGCUGGAGAUCCGCUGACCAUUUGUUACAUCGAGAACAACGAGAAGCACCGGAGCAGUCGCAUGGCACGAAGGAACACCCUGGCGGAAGGCUGGCUAAGUGUGCAGAUAUGGAACUUGGAAAGCUGCAAUCCGAGACCUGAUGCUCCAGCAGGUUUUGCCAAACUGCUGUGUCGCCCGUUGUGCUGGAUGUCCUUAGCCCGGACAAGAGGCAAGAUUCUCCUUGAGGUUUUGCAGGAGAACCAUGGAGAACCUGGUGGAGAGGGUGAAACUUUGGCCUGCCAAGACCGGCUUCUUGGGCAAUGUUUGGGGUUUGCACUCUGGGGUGCAAGUCAAGGGUCGUCUGCUGCCACUUCAGAGGCUUCCAAAAGGAUGUCGCUUUUGAGUUCAGAGCGCUUGACGUACGAGGUGAAGUUCGAAGGCGGCCGCUACGACACGGUGGCCUGGGCCUUGACGCCCUUGGAUGGGGUGGUGAAGUUGAAGGAGGAGAAUCUCAUGUACUCGGCCAUGCGAGAGAAGGAGGUCAAAGAGCAGAAGGAGAUGCCCGAGGGGGAAAUUCCCAAUGGAACGAAGGUGGACAUCAACGGCCUCCAAAGCGAUGCAGCCAAGUGGAUGAACGGCCAAAAGGCCAUUGUCGUGUGUUGGGACAAGGAUACGGAGCGCUACGAGGUUCGUUUGAACAUCAACAACGACAUCAAGAAGGUGAAGGCUGGAAAUCUACGGCUGGAAGUUCCUGAAGGAUGGGAGGAACAUUGGGAUGAGCACUUAGGUCGGCACUACUACGUCAAUAAGGCGACACAGAAGGUGACAUGGAAACAUCCCACCGUGACAAAUCAGCGAGGAAAGUUUGGACAGGUCAGGGAGAAACUGGACCAAGACCUUGAGGAAGUGGAAAUCGAUCACGAGCGAAAACACUACGAGGUGGAUGAUCAAGAAGAGAUGGAGGGUCAGUUCAACCUGCAAGCUUUGGUGAAAAAAGUGGAGGAGCAAGAGGAAAGAAGAGAGAAAGCCGAAGAAGCAGGUGAAGAUGUUGAUAGUGAUGAUGGGCUGCAUGACAUCGUGAAGCCCAAGAAAAAGAAGCCUAAGAAGGAGAAGGUUUCUCCCGAAUCCAUUGUGGAGAAGGUUCUCCUGUUGAUCGAGCACACCUUUGUAGCUCGAGAAUCAAUGAAGAAGGACUACUCACUUCUGGAUGGAAAUUUUGUGGCCAGGGAUAUGGAUCCAAUCAUCAAGAAAUGGGAGGCCUUGGAACGUGUCUCGGAGGCUGACGACGCAUUGUGCAAGGAGACGUUUGAAGUGAUGUUAGCUCUAAUACAGCGAGGAGCAGAGCUACUUAAAGAGUUGUCUCAGAAUCGCUUGCAACUUUCCGAACUGAACAAGGUGGUGAAUCGUGUCACCACGAUCGAGAAGAGAGAAGAACUCUACGAGGAUGCCAAAUGGGUGCACUCCUUCAUGAAGACCCUCUGA